UGUCUGUGGCGUCUCAUGGCAGGAGGCUCAGCCACUACCUGGGGUUACCGUGUGGCCCUACUGCUGCUGGUCGCCACCCUGGGGCUGGGUAGGCGGCUCCAGCCUGACCCUGGCCUCCCAGGCCUCCGGCACAGCUACGACUGUGGGAUCAAGGGAAUGCAGCUGCUGGUGUUCCCCAGGCCAGGCCAGACUCUCCGCUUCAAGGUGGUGGAUGAAUUUGGGAACCGAUUUGAUGUCAACAACUGCUCCAUCUGCUACCACUGGGUCACCUCCAGGCCGCAGGAGCCUGCAGUCUUCUCGGCUGAUUACAGAGGCUGCCACGUGCUGGAGAAGGAUGGGCGUUUCCACCUCAGAGUGUUCAUGGAGGCUGUGCUGCCCGAUGGUCGUGUGAAUGUGGCACAAGACACUACCCUGAUCUGUCCCAAACCUGACCACUCCUGGACUCCGGACUCCCAGCUGGCACCACCCACCAUGUUCUCUGUCUCGACUCCACAAACGCUUCCCUCCCUCCCCACCUCUGGCCACACCUCACCAGGCUCUGGCCAUGCCUUUCCCAGCCCACUGGACCCAGGGCACAGCUCUGUCCACCCAACCCCUGCUUUACCAUCCCCUGGACCUGGACCUGCCCUCGCCACCCUGGCUCAACCCCACUGGGGUCCCUUGGAACACUGGGAUGUGAACAAACCAGAUUACAUAGGUACCCAUCCGAGCCAGGAGCAGUGCCAGGUGGCCUCGGGGCACCUCCCCUGCAUCGUGAGAAGAACUUCAAAGGAAGCCUGUCAGCAGGCUGGCUGCUGCUAUGAUAACACCAGAGAGGUUCCCUGUUACUAUGGCAACACAGCUACUCUCCAGUGCUUCAGAGAUGGCUACUUCAUCCUUGUGGUGUCCCAAGAAGUGGCCCUGACACACAGGAUCACACUGGCCAACGUCCACCUGGCCUACGCCCCCACCAGCUGCUCCCCAACGCAGCACACGGAAGCUUUCGUGGUCUUCUACUUCCCUCUCACCCACUGUGGAACCACAGUGCAGGUGGCUGGCGACCAGCUCAUCUAUGAGAACUGGCUGGUGUCUGGCAUCCACGUCCGAAAGGGGCCACAGGGUUCCAUCACACGGGACAGCACCUUCCAGCUUCAUGUGCGCUGCGUCUUCAAUGCCAGUGACUUCCUGCCCAUUCGGGCGUCCAUUUUCCCACCCCCGUCGCCUGCCUCUGUGACCCAGCCCGGCCCCCUGAGACUUGAACUGCGGAUCGCCAAGGACGAGACCUUCAGCUCCUACUACGGGGAGGACGACUAUCCCAUCGUGAGGCUGCUCCGAGACCCAGUCCAUGUGGAGGUCCGGCUUCUGCGGAGGACAGACCCCAACCUGGUCCUGCUGCUGCACCAGUGCUGGGGCGCUCCCAGUGCCAACCCCUUCCAGCAGCCCCAGUGGCCCAUUCUGUCAGAUGGAUGCCCUUUCGAGGGCGACAGCUACAGAACCCAAAUGGUAGCCUUGGAUGGGGCCACACCUUUCCAGUCUCACUACCAGAGAUUCACUGUUGCCACCUUCGCCCUCCUGGACUCGGGCUCCCAGAGAGCCCUCAGAGGACCGGUUUACUUGUUCUGCAGUGCCUCUGCCUGCCACAGCUCAGGGCUGGAGACUUGCUCCACUGUGUGCAGCGCUGGGACUGCAAGUGAGUCUGGGGUGCGAGUGGCAUUUGUUCCUUCAUACACCUUCAGGCCUGUGCCUGGCUUUUGGGCCACAGGGGCAGGAGACCAGCCCAAGAUUUCAUUCUUCCCUUGGGCAGGACAGCGACGAUCCUCAGGUCACCGUAAUGACACUGCCAGGCCCCAGGACAUCGUGAGCUCUCCGGGGCCAGUGGGCUUUGAGGAUUCUUAUGGGCAGGAGCCCACACUUGGGCCCACAGACUCCAAUGGGAACUCCAGCCUGAGGCCUCUCCUUUGGAUGGUCCUUUUGCUGCCAGCUGUUGCCCUGGUCCUUGGGUUUGGUGUCUUUGUGGGCCUGAGCCAGACCUGGGUCCAGAAGCUCUGGGAAAACAGUGAAUGGGCUCAAUAAACAAUCAUUUCAAACCUACUGAAACCAGGUGUGGAGAAGUUUUUUGUGACCACUAGAACAGAACUCUUUCUUAUGUGAGAAACGUCCUCCAAGUCAGCUCCAUCCUUCCAGAACUGUGAUGUCGAUUACAAAUACUUCAUAUGUGCCACACCCUGCACAGAGGCCAACGUCCCCCAAGGCUUAACUCGGGAGCCUCUCCCUCUUCACAAGGAAUGGUGGCAUUUCAGGCAGAGCAAACAGGAAAAAGAUACUGGAGGUUAAGAUGUUGGCAAAGAACAGCAACAGCUGGGCAAAUGGCUUGUAAAGGCUUGUCACCUCCUCACAGACACAGGGGUUCUGGCCAGGGCAUCCUCAAAGCACCCAGAGCAGCUGCUGUCGUGGAGAAGGGGAACUCUAAGGCUGAGUUGAAGGGGCACUUCACAGACCCCCUGAGCCUGCCAGCCUACUGUAAAAGCUGCAUUUCUGACCACAGCCUCCCAUCCCCUCCCCUGGCCUCCCAAGACUAGUCCAUGUGGGAAGGGCUGGCACAGGAGGAAUGGCAGCCUGCUGGCCCUGACACUGCCUGCCACGGUGGGCAUGGCCACCAGACAGGUCCGUACCAGUGCUGGCUAUGCCGCUGAGCCCAGUCUGCCCAUACACGGCAUGGGCCUUCAUCUCUGACUUGGCAGCAAAGCCUUUUCCAGACAUGUGGAUCCUCUAGGUAGAGAAGGGGGCAGGACGCUAGGGUUUGGCCUCAAGGGGACAGGGAGAAGAAUCUGGUAGGGAAGGCUGAAUUUGGAUUCAGACACCUCUCUGGACCAGGUAGAGCACGAGCUUAGAGAGCUGUUACAAGGGGAGCUAACGUGCUCAAGUCAUGCCUGUGGUCUUGAUACUACAUGAACCCUCUAUCGGCUCUGGCCUACUCAGCCUUUCCUGUCUUCAGAAUACUGGUCAAGCAUGUGGACCCCAGAGCUGGCUUCUUACUAGCUGUGUGAUAAUCAGUAAGUUACUCAACUUCCCUGGGCCUCAGAUUUCUCAUCUGUAAAAUAAGGUUAAUGUCUAUUCCAAUAGAAGUAUUGGAUAAAAUGAGUUAAUAAAUAAGAAUGCUUAGAAUAGUACCUAACAGCCAACAGUAACUGGGUGCUAUUAACUACUGACUAGAAUUUCAUUUCCUCUUGCCCCAAGCCUAAUGCUUACCUAGUUUUUGUUGUCAAUGUUCUGGUUUGGUUUUGAAUGUACAAGUUUACAGGCCAGUACGAAGAGGGGCUGGGGAAACUGCUGUCUUUUGACUCUUCUAGCUAGAGGGAGAACAUGAGAGGCAGGAAGGCCCAAACAUUUGCCAUGGAAGCUAAGUGACUUCCCUUCUCUGGGCCUGUCUUCCCAUCUAUGGCUAGCAAUGGCCAGUCUUGCCCUGCCCAGCUUCCUGGCAUGUACAGGGGGACAUAGGAUAUAUCCUGCAGGGUCAGUAUGGCAUAGGUGAGGAUUCUUAGCUUGGCUGGUUGGAGGAGCCAGGCUGACUUGGUCUUAGGGGCCUGGGUUCUGGUUCCUUCCAGCAUUACCUCUUCCUUCUUCCCUUCCCUCCAUCAUACAAGCUCAUGUGAGGAUUUCAAACUUCCAGAGGUACCAAUUGGCAUAACGCUGUGUAACUGAAUUUGCUUUGUUUAACACAAGGGUAGACGUCUUGUAUCAUUUCCUAUCAUUUCAAAUGGAUGUAUUUUCUAAACUGUGGUUGAGCUAUGGCAUUUGAUCUGUUGAUAGAGACCAAGUGGGUUAAGGACGACAAGUGUUGAACACAAUUACUUAAGCAUAUAGUUCUUUGUAUACUAUUUUCUUGAAAGACAGUCUUAGAACUGCUGGGUCAAGACCACACCUCUUAUGACCAUGGGGCUCGGGACUGUCUGUCUCCCCGCCCAACCCCAGUGUGCAGGCUUGCCACCACAGGCCAGUAACACUCUAAACCUUUGCCUAUCUGAGCAUCAUAAGGCAAAUGGCAUUGGUUGUUUUGAAGGGGCUCUCUUUGAUUAGAAGUCAAGCAUCUUUCUAGCCACUCGUGUCACAUAAGUUACCCUUCAUGUCUUUUAUCUACUCUCCACUAUUUCUCGCCUCAACUGUAAAGAACUUUCCCAAAUCAAGGGGCCGGCAUCCUCAUUUUAUAAAUUUUCCAUCUAAUUGGCCAUUGGCUUUUCUCUGCCAGGUUAUCUUAGAAAGGAUUAUGUAACAAUGAAUUUUUCCCUCUCAUAUUUGUAGUUUUGAGUAUGGCAAAGACUUUCCCCUAUCCUGUAUAAUCACUGAAGUAUCCAUUUGCUUUAUUGUGAUACUCCAGUAACAAUGCAAUUGUUUAUCUCCUACUUCCAAGUGUAUAUAGGUACAUGAUUUUGGCAACUGAUAAAUUGUUCAUAGAUUUUGUCAACAAUUCCAUGUCAAAGGAGUCUGUUUACUGAAACAAAGGUACAAACUAUAUGAACGAUGAAGUUCAUUGCAGCACUAGCUUUCUCUCGGGGAAAACAAUCUAAACUUUGGCUUUCCUAGGUACCAAAAUCUAGUCUAAAUGUUGCCCAGUUUCUCUCUUCCUCCCUUCUUACCGCCUUCUGAUGUGAGCAGGCCCCUGCUGGGCCUUGAGAACAAUUCAGCAGACCCGCUGGGAACAAUAACCACUGUCUCCGACCUGUGGCAGGAAGCAGAGCUGCUCAGGGCCCGUCAGGUUUUGUCUCUUCCUGCCCUUUUGGGGAGGUGGGGACGGGGACAGAGGCUGUGGCUGUAUGUAUAUAAGACCUAAGGGUAUCCCCUGCCUUUCCAUUCCCCACGCCCCCACCAGCUCCCAUAGAUUUACAUUACACAUUGAGAGGAAAUUAACUUCAUGCUGCUUUGUUUUUAACAAAGGGAACAGAAGACUUCACUGCCUGUUAGUUCAGCUGAAUUCAGCUCGCUGUCUGGACACUUAUGCGAGAGCAUUUCAUGGAAAAGUGCCACUUC